CUGUCAACGCCAACAUUGUUGCUGGUCGUUGCUUACAUGUAACUUGUCCUGUCAAGCAACCAAAGGUCCCUCCAUGGCAUCGCCUACGUCUCCGUGACGACUGACAACAUGACGGCGUCCACGCAGUUCUACACUCAGGUUCUGGGAGGGAUGCUGGUGCCAGAGUUGACCUUCACCUUCAGUGGAGAUUCUCACUACUACCGGAUGUUCCAGAAGGAGAUCCUGGACGCCAGAACACAAGGGGUUAACCCUGCCCAGCUGGGAAGACCGGAUAUAUGGGAUAACGGUACUCACGAGGUGCGAGGUAACUUCAUCGUUUUUGACAACGGCAUCAUCCAACUUGUAGAGUAUGUGCUGAAAUCUGACAUUGUCUUCGACAUCCAUGAACGUCGCACCAGCCCCUGUUAUAUCGCAGCCCCACAUAUAUGCUUCUGGGUCAAGGACGACGUGCAUUUCAACCAUUACAUUGCAGAACUAGAAAGAAGGUCACAUGAAAGAAGGUCAUUUCAUCAGGUCAAGGUCAACAGACCCAAAACAGUUCACAACGAAGCUGAACGACCAGCCGUUCCCAAAAACAGCUUGGUCUUACUUUUACCAGUGGAGACCUUGCUGGUUUAUCAUUUGCAUACUGGAAAGGCCCCAGAGGCGAGCAACUGGAACUAUACCAAAUAACAAAUCAAUCCUGGUACCAUCUUGGCAGUGAUUAUUGCCGACGACAGGGCGUAGCCACAGCCUUCUUGGACAAUCAGUCUGACAACCAAUGGAAGAAAGCUGCUGGAGUCAGUGGUCAGCUUUACGGGAUGUUCCAGUUUGGAACAAGAACCGAUGACCUUUUUAAAUCCGUGAACAGGCAGUGAACGUUCGAGGAGACGAUGUUGAAAACAUAUUGUUCCAGAAAGAGAUUCUUGGUGCAUUUUCGUGGGGAGCUGAGCCCAGAGAUAUAGGGGUUGCAAAUAUUUCCCUAGCAUGUUCCGACUGACUUGACCUUACAUUUAACCUUUUUGAUAACUAUGUGGUGGAGACUCUGGUGUAUACUGCAGGAAAAUCUCUGUCAGAUUCCAAGUUCAAUCCCAGAUACAACUGGAGUAGUCCUGCCUCCAUCACAACAUGCACGUUGCCUUCUUCGUUGACUCCAGCGUCGAUCUGAACAACUUCAUUCAAAAGGCAGAGCUGAAGGCUGCCAGGAAUAUGUUCCCUCAGUUUAAACUGAAUAGAAUUGUUGAUGUGCCGACAUUAGGGGCUAGCGUUCCUGUAUCACAGUACAGUGAAGAGUUCACUGAUGGACCUCUGAAAGGUUUCAACUACGUGUUUGCUAAAGGUCCAGCAGGGGAACAGCAAUCCUUUGUUGAGAUCAAGGGUCCAGCGGAAGCCAAACUGAAGUCAUCCCUGUUGCGGUAUUCGGCUGUCACCACAGCCUUCAAGGAGACGAAUCCGUGGGCCAGAAAAGAAUAUGACUCGUUUUGUUCGAAAUAUUCCAGUAACCCUGUUAUAGGCUGAAAUAAUAUCCGAAAAUAAAGCUCAUUUAUUGAACAGUACAGAUAUGUCAAAUGGAAAGACAAAUCCGUGUGUCAGAAAAGAAUUUGACUCCUGUUGUUCUAGAUA